CCGCUCGCCUUAUCGAUAACCUUAAAUUUUCAUGCGGGACGUUAAGGUUAGGGAAACACCACAGUUCCGCAGAAGCCUUUACAGCAUACUCGCAUACCGAUCUUGGCUAUCUCUCCACAGUAACCCAUACAAAAUGGCGACCGAACCUCAAAACAGCCCCUUUAUAAAAAACCUCGCCUCAAGUGACAAGAAAACCCGCGAUCAAGCCCUCUCCUCCCUACGCACGUACCUCAGCAACCGCGCCUCCAUACCCACACUCGACCUUCUCAAGCUCUGGAAAGGCCUCUUCUACUGCCUCUGGAUGCAGGACAAGCCCCUGCACCAACAACGCCUAGCCCGCGACCUCGCUUCUCUGGUGGAUAUCCUGCAUGCCGACGUCGUGUUACCGUUCCUGGACUGUUUCUGGAAAACGAUGGCGAGGGAGUGGGUCAAUAUUGAGGCGUUGCGGAUGGAUAAAUAUCUGUUCUUGAUUAGGCAGGAGCUCAAUGCGAGUUGGAGGUAUUUGAGUCGCAACCGGUGGGGGGAUAAGGAGAAGGUGGAGAAGUAUAUGAGGAUUUUGGAGGAGACGCCGUUGAAUGCGGUGGAUGUGAAGAUUCCGAACGGGUUGCGGUAUCAUGUCUUGGAUAUCUAUGUGGAUGAGCUGGAGAAGGUGGGUGGGGACGGGUGGGAUCUGGAGACUCUGGAGGUGUUGUUGGAGCCGGUGAGGAAGUUGCAAGAGGAAAGUAAGACGAAGGCUGUGAGGAAGGCGGCGAAGGAGGUGUUGGAGGAUGCGAGGUUGAAGAAGUGGAGGGGGGAGGAGGUGGAAAAGAAAGAUGAGGAUGCAGAAAUGGCCGAGGAUGGGGCAGAUGAGGAAUGGGGCGGUAUUGAAGACUGAUGCGGUCUGCAAUUUCGUACUUCACAUCAGGCGAGGCGUUUGGGAGGGCUCAUUUCAUUCAUGGUAUUUUCAAAAAUCUACUGAUACCUGGCCAACCCAUUCGGCCGAUAGGAUUUCCAUGGGCUUGUAAUGUAACAUCAUCCCUUAGACCGCUACUCUCACAUUCAUGCAUAUGACCUUGCACUC